AUGUCGGAUCGGGGUGCGGCCGGCGCGAAGCCAAUAUGGAUGAAGCAGGCAGAGGAGGCAAAACUCAAGAGUGAGGCUGAGAAGGCGGCUGCCGCGAAGGCAGCUUUCGAGGCCACCUUCAAGGGUGUCGAACGGGCCGCCAAUGAAGGUAAAGAACCGGGCGGUUCCGACACCGAAGGGGAAGAAGAGGAAGAGGACCUGGAGAGCAAGCCCGUGGGUCCCGUCGAUCCUGCCAAGUGCACCGCGGCGGGGGCCGGGAUCGCCGGAGGCACUGCCUGCGCCCCGUCGUCCUUUGUGGUGGUCACGAAGGACGCUGACGGCCGGAAGGUCCUAACGGGAGGGGCAAAUCUGAGAGUUAAGAUCUCCCCCGGGCUCGGAGUAGGCGGGUCCGACCAGGAAGGGGUUGUGAAGGAUCAGGGGGAUGGGACGUAUACCGUGACUUAUGCUGUGCCAAAGCGAGGUAAUUACAUGGUGAGCGUGGAGUGCGAUGGAAAACCGAUCAUGGGAAGCCCAUUUCCAGUGUUCUUUAGCACCGGUCCAGCCGUAGGGUCUACGGUUGCGCCUGCACCGGUGGUUCCAUACCCAAACCUUGUCAACCAGACAAUGCCAAACAUGCCAAAUUACUCGGGUUCGGUGUCUGGGGCUUUUCCUGGAUUGCUGGGCAUGAUUCCCGGAGCUGUUCCUGGUGUAUCCGGUGGUUUAGUCUUGCCAGGGAUCGGUGCAUCUCUAGGGGAAGUAUGCAGAGAGUAUCUUAGUGGCCGGUGCAGCAAGAGUGACUGCAAGUACGCUCACCCUCCUCACAAUCUCCUCAUGAUGGCAUUAGCAGCGACUACUACCAUGGGAACGUUGAGCCAGCAGCCCAUGGCGCCUUCUGCAGCUGCAAUGGCAGCUGCCCAGGCAAUUGUUGCUGCACAAGCACUUCAGGCACAUGCUGCUCAGGUGCAGGCACAUACCAAAUCCAAGGGAGAUGCACUUGGUUUGUUAUCUACCUCGACUUUGUCUUUAUCUUUGAAGUAUAUGUUGAUUCUUCUUUUACGAGAUACCAAAGAUACGAAAUUUGCCACAGAAUGAAUGAAGUACUUACUAAAAAAAAUCGUCAUUUGGGAGAAAAUGGCCAAUGUCAUCGAUAAUUGCUAAAUAUAGCAAGGGCCAUCUGUGAAAUGGGGAAUGAAAAUUGAGAUUAAAUCUAUUAAACGAGACUUAUUAUAUGAAUACGAAUUCACAUGUAAAAUAAAACUUAAAUUUACAUCUCAUCCAAAAAAACUCAAAAGACAGGCUCAUAAGCUUGAAACUUGCUACAUUUGUGUGUUUGAUUUCGGAGGCCCGCAUUGUAGUUUUUCUUAGUUCAUGACAAGUGACGUUUACAAUUUUACCAACCAUUAAUUGAUUGUAUACCAUUUUUAAUGUGAACUGAUCUUUAAUGACAUCGAAGUUUCCUGUCCUUUUUAUGAUAAAAAGACGCGUAUAUUUUUUAGGUGGAACUUCUUAUCAUCUCCUACUCUCGUUGAAGCUUUGCUUAUUGUCUCCAAAUAAUUCAUUCUACUGUUGAAUGCCAAUUUUCAUCUGUUUGAGGCAUCUCAGUCGCUCAGAAAUUGAGGUGUGCGCAUGGUCUUUGUGCUAUAUAAAGCCACAUCCAUUCUCUUUCAAUCUGUAGCAUAUUUUUUUUGUUUUUUGCCUGUAUAAAAAUGUAGUUUUUCUUGUCUCUCUCUAUAUAGCAAAAACAUGUCAUGUCUUUGGUGAUUCAGUUAAAAUUAAUGACAAUUUUGUUUUCUUUGCAUUUUCCUAUUGGCCUCAAUAUUUUGUUGUUAAUGGUACGAUGAAGAUUAUUCGUUUGUGAGACAGGGCGUACUUGUCAAGAAAAUAAGUAUCUCAAGGUUGGAUGGUUGGUUUUUUGAAGACAUCUGGUAGAUUUAUUUAGAUUCGUGUGCAUUUUGACGAGGAAAAAAUAUUGGAGCUAUCAGGUGAGACUGUGGCUUACCAUGGGUCUUCUUAAGAAGGACUAAUUUACUGCUAUUACCAAAUACUGUUUCUAGGGUGACCUACGAGCCUUGGUCGAUAUGAACAUUGUUAAAAUGAAAAUUUUGGCCACUUUUAAAAGAAAUUUUGAGGAGUUAAAUGGCCAAUUUCUUUCUAUCACGCCAGGAUUUAAAGGCAACUUUUAAGGUUACCCAAGCAAUCAUCAAAUCCAUUUGUGUGUAGUUGAUAAGGUGAAGUUGUAUUUUAAGUGUACUAAAGAUGAUUAUGAGACAUAAAAUAAUUAUCAAAUAUUGGAACAGUAAGGUUAACAUGUUAUGUCCUCUUGAUCUUAAAAUUACACAAAUAAAUGUCUACAUAAAGUAUACGUAAGAAAAUGACUGAGAGUUUAAUAUAUAUGUGAGGAGUUGCAUGCACAUUUGUAGCGCUGGUCAGUUCAGGGUUGCUUAUGCUCAUUCAUGAAAUAGUAUCCCCAAUAAAUUUGUAUUUCCUGGUAGGGCUCGGAAUCUUGGUACCAAUACGAGCACUGAAACGCACUAUUUUAAUGGAAGAUUGUUGUUUUAACCAGAUACUCAUUUUUUACUUUUACUUUCAGUAUGCUUCCAUUUUUCAUGUUUUACUAGUCUCCUUCUGUUCUAAUUACAUAUCUUCUCGGGAUUUUUAAUGGCAGAGAAAACUGAUUCGCUGAGGAAAACAGUACAAGUUAGCAAUCUGAGUCCUCUUCUUACAGCGGAGCAUCUAAAACAGCUGUUUGGUUACUGUGGAACUGUUGUUGAUUGUACCAUAGCAGAUUCGAAGCAUUUUGCUUACAUAGAAUAUUCAAAGCCAGAAGAAGCUGCCGCUGCCCUGCACCUUAACAACAUGGAUGUUGGUGGUCGUCCUCUAAAUGUUGAAAUGGCAAAAUCUCUUCCUUCUAAACCUGCCGUGUCAAGCUCUUCUGUCCAGCAGUCAUCUCUUCCAUUAAUGAUGCAACAGGCAGUUGCUAUGCAACAGAUGCAAUUCCAGCAGUCAUUGAUCAUGCAACAAAAUUUGGCUGCACAGCAGGCAGCCACCCGUGCAGCUACGAUGAAGUCUGCCACAGAAAUGGCAUCAGCAAGAGCUGCUGAAAUAAGCAAGAAGCUUAAAGCGGAUAUGCCAAUUGAAGACAAGGAAGAGACCAGGAAAUCCAGGUGAUAAUUUUUUACUCUGAUAUUAAUUGCUUGUAUUGCUUCAUUAUAAAAUUAUUCGUUUUUUGACUUUUCAGAAGAACAAAAAGUGGAAAGAAAGUAUUAUCUAAAUAGAUAUUGAUGAACAAAGGAAAAAAAAAUAUAAUUUUGCAUUUACCAAGAAAGGGGAAAAUCUUACAAUUUGGUGUUGCUGUAGAGAUUUGAAAAGAAAAGAUAAGUAUCCAUAUGCUUGCCUGAGUUGAAACAUAUGUAUUUAUGAGCUUUUGAUCUCCCCCUUUUUUGUGACAUAAAAAGAGAAUAGUACUUGUUGAUGUCAUUUCUUUGCUAAUGCGUAAACAAGGUAUGUGUACACAACUACUUCAUUAAGUUACAUCAUAUUAUCGAUGGAAUUUACUUUUCGGUUUCAUACUUUAGGCGCUGGAAAGGAGAACGAAAUAAUUAUGAUUCGAAUCUACUUUGCGCUAAAGGAGUUGUAAUGCCAUCGGGUGGAUUAAUUUGGAUCUGAUAUCCUGUUCUUUCAAAUUUGUUACCUAGUGAUAUAAUCUAACAAACAACUUCUCAUUGACCAUUCCAUUGGAUGCAAACCCUGGUGAUGUUCUGUGCUGGCGUCUCUGCCUAUAUUUUAUAUCUGUUCUCUGAAUCAUAUGUUAUUUGCUGAGAAAUGAUUGUUGAUUUCUUCUUGAUCAUUUUUCAGGUCACCAUCUGCUCCUCGCCCUCGUUCCAAAUCUAGAUCAAGGUCUCCGACCAAACAUCGCCGAAGUAGACGAUCUCGUUCAGCAUCACCAGCUCGGCAUUCUAGAGAUAGGAGAUCAAGAACUCCAGUAAGAUCUCGCCACCGCAGUCACUAUACCUCUGAACGAAGAUCAUACAGGGAUGAUAGAGAUGAUAGAGAUCAUAGAAGACGAGAAAGAGAAAGAUCUCGGGAUCACUAUUCUUAUGUUUCAAGGCGAAACAAGAGUAGGAGCAUAAGUCCACGCAAGAGAAAGUCAUCUCGGGCAGGAUCAGCAUCACCAAGGAGACAUAGAGAGAGUUUAAGUCCUAGAUCGAGAAAGUCAUCUCGUGCAGCUUCAAAGUCACCAAGGCAUCAUAGAGAAAAUAAGUCAUCGCCAAGACGCAGCCAUGGAACAAGCUCUCGUCAUCAUAGGCGCUCUCCAUCAAGGUCUAAUGCUGGGAGACAUCGCUCUCCUGAGAAGGAAGAUAAAGUUGAAGCUAACAGGAAGGGUCUGAAAACUGAGAAGGCAGACAGAAAGAGUCGAGCUGCUAAAGAUUCAGGAGAAACUGGAAGGGACAAGGCUGUGGAUAGUUCUACCAUAAACCAUGGGACUUCCUCUCGUCGUGGUAGACAUUCUGGAUCUGUGUCUCCAGAUGGAAAGGAUCAUUCCAGUGAUGGCGAGGAUAAGUCGAAAGUUGAUAAGAAGAAACUGGAUGAUGGAAAAUCGUACCCGGGUAAGCUAUCUGGGAAAGAUGGUGAGAAUACCAUGAAAGAUCCAAGAGAGAAUAAGGAAGACAAGGAUGUAGAUUCGUCUUCAAUCAGCCACAAGAGAGGUUCCUUGGUAUCAGAGGAUGAAGCCUCAAGGAAUAGAAAAGAUCAUAGCAAACAUAAAAGGUCAAGAACAGAUGACAAGGAUUCUGAGAGGAUAGACUCUACACUUAAGGAUCCAAAUCUUGUUGCUGAUAACUCCGACGACAAGCAAGAUAAAAGGGCAGAAAGUUCACCAGUACCAAAGUCACAUGGAAAGGAUUCUUCAUGUGUUGAGGAUCCUGAAAAUUUCAGGCAUGAGAAAUCGAGCUCAAAACAUAGAAGUCAUGUCAAAAGUGACACUGCCGGUAGAGAGAAAGAUCUAGGGAAUGAUAGGAGGUCAACAAAUACACCAACAUCAAAGUCCCAUAGAAAUGGUUCUUCUCCUGUGGAUGAUCUUGCAGAUCGGAGGAGGCAUGACAAGUCAAGCUCAAAACAUAGAAGCCAUGACAAAGACGAGACUGUUGCCAGGGGGACGGAGCUUGGGGAUGAUAGAAAGGUUUCUGAAAGUUCGAGCUCUAGAUCUCGCAAGAGAAGUUCUAAGCGUUCGGAUGAAAGAUAUUCUGAAGAUGCUGGAGAUCGCAGCAGAGGAGAUAAUUCAAAAGGUGACCACAGAAACCGUGAAAGAGGUGCAGCCACUGACGAAUCUAGGUAUGUUGACUCCGAUUCAGGUCUUGGAGAAGAAAGAAGGGAGUCUUCUGUGUUGAAAGCUGAAAGAUCUGGCUCUUUAUCUCCUGAGGUUGGAAGCAUAAAGACACCGAAAAAUUAUAGAGUGCAUGAGACGUCUAUAACAGAUAAUGGAACUUCCAGCAUAGAUAAUGCGCAAGAUUGUGUCAAUGAACUGACGGACGUGAAGAGUAGAGUAGAUAUCAAUGCAGACAACUCUGUUGAACACACUAAUGCUGAUGAUGAGUUGAAGAAACGCUGCAGAAUUGCUGUAUUAGAUGAGUACGUAUCCUUCUCUUCAGAUGUAAACGAUCAAGGAAAGCAAGUAGAAUCAAAGCUGGAGAUUGAAGAAGCCAAUGAUGGUGAACAUCGUGUGAAACCCAAUUCGGUACACCGUGUGAAGGAAGUUUCGGAUCCUGUUACGGAGGUUCAAUAUAGUGAACAUAUCUCGGAAGAAUAUGUUGGAGGUGGAAGCUGCAUAAUUCUGUCGAAGUCCAUAUCUCCAGAUGAAUCCCACGAGGAACCAUUUGUGAAUCUGAAUGGAGGUACUGACAUGUUCUCAGAACAUGCUUAUACUUCUGUUGAUCAAGAUCAUGUUGAUAAUGAAUCAUCCAACGCUAAGGUUUAUUCUUCACCUAAAAUGGCUACAAUCCCUAGACCUCAAGAUGAUACUGGAUGUGAGAGCCGCAUGAUCAGGAAAACUGUGAUAACCGGAGAAGAUCAUUUUAUGUUGCCUGGCAGUGUAACGUUAAAUUAUGUGGAUGGUUUAACCAGAACAUAUGCGACUGGAGAGGAAGGGGAGAAACUUGAAAGCAGUAAAGCCAUUGAUGACGAAACCUCAUCUCCCCAUGAAUAUUUUGAAUCGAUUGGGGGUGAUACAUCCAAUUCUUCCAAGAUCCCGGAAAUUUCGGUUUUAAAAUGUGGUGAGCCUCAGGAUUUGACAGGCACCGUGAAGCAAGAUGAAUCCAAGCAUGGCGAUGAACUUUACAACACUUGUUAA